AUGGAAAAUAAUACGGAAACAAUUGAAAACGAUUUGCGAGACGAAUCGAGCUUAAAUGAUACUGAAAACGAAAUAUCGUCCGCAUCGAUUUAUGGAAAGGGCUUAGGAUCCUCUAUAUUAGGGAGAUCUUAUCGAGCUCCGGAUAUACCGAAGAGGUACAUCGAACCCACGGUUCUUGAUACAUCCCUACCUUACAUUCCAGUCUAUACACAUCUAAAAAUUCACGAUUUGAAACCCAUUGUAAGACCUACAACUCCACCGAUCAUAAGCGAAUUACGAUUGAAGUGCUCAGACGAUUAUAUGGUUCCUCAAUCUCAGGGAUCUUCCAAAGCAUCACCCUCGACGGGAAGAACAAGUAAAAAAAGAAGUUCUCUAACACUGAUAUCGCGAGAAAGUGACCAAAGCUGGAAAGUACAACACGAAAUUUAAUUAGUUUUC